UAUCACCGUAUGCCGAAACUCUGGCAGAUGGAUGAUUACGACGAAUGUCUCGAGUCACCCGGUCCGGGAGAACCGCCGGGCGUGUACUGUGGUUUGUCCGUCGUACUGAAGCCCAACAAUCGGUCUGAGCUUUGGAAGCUGAUUGAGAAGUUUUCCAGUGACUAUAAGCGCCACUACAACCAUCAAGUGCUCAAAUGGGGUGUUUGCAUCAAAAGGUGUCAAAAAGCAAUAGAAAAGCUCUCACCAGCGGAAAGAAAUGUAUUAACGGUGGAGCCAUUCCCGAUUGAUGUUCGGUAUAAAUUCAAUGAUGGCAUACUGGAAAACAUUCCUACGUACCGAGAGGCCUAUCACGAUGUUCUGGAAAUUUGCGUCAACAAGGAGCUUAACGAUACGUACGGUUUGGUCGCUCAUACCGAGAUACUAUCGUGUGACAAAUCCACCGAUGAGGUUGUUAUAGAUGCACUCGAUAUGUCCUUCCUCAUCGUUCUAUGCGCGCUUGUAUGCUUUGUGACGCUUUCCUCCUGGUACGAUAGCUCGAUGAACUACAAACGAACCUCCGACCACUACCGACAUCCGUUGGACAGCAAACGUAAAAUGGUUUGGGUAUCCUUCUCUAUUCAACGCAACUGGUACCGGCUAACGUCGCGAUCGAAGGACGAACUAAACCAAAAGCUGCGCUUCUUCCAGCCGUUUCGAUUUCUCACCAUGUCGCUGGUCAUUUUUGGUCAUGCCUCCCUGCUUCUUUCCGUCACACCGACCACCGAUACGGAGAAGCUGGAAAGGAUAAUGCACAGCGUAGGCAGCAUGAUUCUCACGAACGGAGCGCAGUUCACGCAAACGUUUCUCGGCAUAAGUGGCGCACUGUUGGCGAUACAGUUUUGCAGCUUUACCGAGAAGCGGAAGGGAAAAGUCAGCUUCCUGUACAUUCCAUUCGCGAUCCUCUAUCGUUACGUUAGGUGAGGAGACGUUUUAUUAUUUUCAGUAUAUUUUAUAGUCUAGUUCAUAUUAUCCAAAACAUU